AUGGAGAUGAUGGCCAAGAGGAUUGAUGGCCUCCAAGUUACAGUAGUGAAUACAAGUCAACCAUCACCCACAUGGGGACAAAAUGAAGAAAACCAAGAGGAUCAGCAACAAGAACAAGUUCAAUAUGUGCACAACCAAGGUUUUGGAUCAAAUGACUUUCAUGUAGACACUUACAACUCUUCCUGGAGGAACAACCCAAAUCUGAGAUGGGGAGACAACCAGAAUCAAAACCAGCAGCCAUGGCAAAGAAAUUCAAACCAAAACAACUCAAGAAAUACAAACAACAAAAACCAUCGGCAAACUAACCAAAAUCAAUACAAAAAACCACAAAAUAACUACCUCAAUUCCAACUUCUAUCCACCCAAUAAUCCAUCAACUAACCAAAACACUUUUCACCAACCCUCAACACCCCAUAAUCAACCACAACCACCUCAAGACUCCAAAAGAAUCUCCAAGUUAGAGAUAAUGAUGGAAAGGAUGAUGAAGCACCAAGAGCUAACCAGCAAGAACCAUGAAGCCUCAAUGAAAAAUUUAGAAAGGCAAAUUGGUCAAUUAUCCAAGCAAGCAGUAAUUGAAAGACCAACAAGCUCACUCCCAAGUGAUACCAUUCUGAAUUCCAAAGAAGAAUGCAAAGCCAUCCAGUUAAGGAGUGGAAGAACCUUGGUGAAAAACAAGGAAACUAACAAGAAGCUUGUAGACAAUGACAAAAGGCCAGCUGAAAAAGAAGAAGCCAUCAGCAAGGAAGAAGACAAGCAAGAUCAGGAGAAGCUUAAAGAGAAAGAUGAGUAG